AUGCUCCCCACGGAAACUGUCCCUCGCUUCUUUGGUAAGAGCGGCUUUGCCGACGUUGACCCCAAGAAGGUGAAGAAGGACGGCUCUGGUCGAGGCAACUGGGGAACUGUCAACGAUGACAUCGCUGGCGAGCAGUUCACCUUUACCAAUACCCGCCGCCGCUCCAACAGUAGCAGCUUCUCUCAUGUUACCGAUUUCAAGACUAAGUUUGAGGUCAACGAGCCCGAGCCCGUCUUCGAGGAGUCGCUCCACGGCCCUGAAGAGGAAGACCAUGAAGACCUCACCAAGACCGACUCUUCCGAGAGUGGUCGAUCCUCUUCUUGA